CAUGACGUCUACGGAAGAUGAUAAGGUUAGAAUCUAACACCAAGAAAUAAUGCCUCCAUGGCUUCUGACGGCAUAAGAACUACAAACGGAUGUUAUAGUCUAAGGUUCAGUCCUUUGUGAGUUCCGAUUUGAAAUAAAGCGGCUCACCUCAGCUCUAAAACGAAAACGAAGCCGAAUGACCCGGCAUCGCAUAGUGGAUAUUUUACGAGGCGGUGGAGGAAACCGAAAAAGCUAGGGACCGCCGUUGCGCUAAGCAAGGCGGAGCAGAGCCGCCGCCAGUUUUCUUGUCGAUCACUUCGUAUUGAAGCCGCCUCCCGAGUGGUCGUAUUAUCCGCAAACAACGUUGUUGAUGCGACAAAUGAUGCCCAUAAGCCGGCUUAACUAACCUGAGCUUGCUUUUUCUUCUUCUUUUCUUUUCUGCAUAAAAGGGGGGGAGUCUAGAAUCUGGGGCUAUCUUUAAAAUAUAAAAGAUCAGAUAUCUCCAGCUGAACGGAAGUCUUGGUUUUUCUCUAAGCAUCAAGCUAGGUAAUUAAUUUACUACCAACUUUGUACAAAGAAGUUCGUCUCUACGCAAAUAAUACUUAAUACCUAACUCUCUAAACACCAAAACCACACCAAACCUCACUUCAAAAAUGGUUUCCGUCAAGUCCCUCGUCGCCAGCGCCCUCGCGGCCCUGCCCCUCACGUCCGCGUACAUCACGAACAUCGCGGUGCCCGCGACCGCCAAGGCCGGGGACAAAAUUCCGGUGACGCUGACGGCGUCGAUCUACAUCCAGAACUGGGACGACUUCGGGAUCGUCUGGGGCGUGAAGCCGACCUCGUGGAACUGCGGCGACAUCGUCUGCGUCGGCCGCCGCAUCGCCUACACCUCCCUCUUCCCCGACAACCAGCCCAAGCCCGGCCAGUCCACCAUCGACGUCACCCUCCCCAGCGACCUCCAGCCCGGCGACUACAACAUCGUCGCUGCCAUCCCUUACCUCGUCGGCGCUUCCGGCGAGACCGAGAUCCAGGGCCACAGCGCCAACAUUACCAUCGAGGCGUAAACCGGGUGAUUAGGUAGUUUGAGCUAACCCAGAUGUUGCUGGGUGGGGAGUAGGAAGUGUUGACAUAUUUCCUUACCGAAUAUGCAUGGGAAGGUUACCUCGGAGAAGCUAGAACCGUCAUGACGAUUCUGCAAAGAAUCAGCUACGAAACAUUGCAUAGCAUGUGCACGUAACAUGCAAACGGCGUUGUUGUAAUUUGGGAUUUGCUUAGCAUUACCAUUGAUAACAUGAAUUUUAUCAUUCUAGAC